AGUUAGGGUUAGAAGAUUUCCUCUUUUUUUAGAGGACUUCGUUCCUCUCCAUCUUAGAUUCUCAUGGGUAAGCAGCAGGCAUCGAGGCGAACGGUCAUGGCGCAAUCGUUUCAUGCUAUAACGUUUUCAUUUCACCCGAUCCAGAAAAUUUUCCCUUUUCGAGUUCACCAUCCUUUUCCUCUCCAUCUACAUCACAAUUUUAUCGAAGUACUUUCAUUUUUACUUGUAAUUAAUGGUAGUUUCUUGUUUCUUGAAUUUACAGUGCACUAUAUUUUGGAGCAAAGUGCAAUUUUGUGUCUCAUUCAACUGGAAAGUUUUCUGAAAUUGGGAAAUAAAUCUUUUUGAUGAUACGAUUUCCGUUGACACUGUCUCUUAGUUGGUUGUAGAUAAAGGUUCAGAACUUGGGAAGUCUGAUGCAAUGUGUUGAAGUCCAUCAAAUCUGCUGCCUCUCAUUGUCGUAAAUUAAGGUUUACACAAAGUUGUUCUAAUUAAAGGAGAGAAUGUGGACUAAAACUUGUGCCAAGGUGUUAUGCAAUUCCAAAGAGACUCUUGAAGAAGGUACAAGAUCAUCUCCAAUGAACAUAGAUCCUUUCCCUUUCCCGUAGAGGCUUGAGACUUGUUUUUAUGAUAGAACAAUCCAUAAUUUUAGAGUACUAGUGACUUAAAUGAUAGUUGCUGCAAAUUGUGAAAUAGAUCUAUGUAGCCAUUGAGCUUUUUCUUUUUUAUUUUAUUGUUGCUUGGGGGAUCAAUUUGUUUUUGGUUCAAAUGAACAAAGUACAAUUUA